AUGGAAGAAGGUCCAAAUGGCCAUGGGACGCCGAAAACAUCGUCAGAGGCAUUAACUGUUGACCAAAUGUUGCAAAGGUAUUCUAAGAAGAAUGUAGAGAGAGCUAUAUUCCAUCGAGACUAUGUCAGUGAGAGGACCAGGCUGAUUGAAGAAUAUAAUAUUAUGAUCACCACCGGCCAUAAUGUGGAAGUUGCUACCCGAGCCCGUGAUACAUUCAUAGAGGAUACACCGUCACAACCUCCGAUCGACCCCGAUGAGCCAGCUGACUUGGACCCUGAUGUUUUGUGGAGGAUUAAGAUUCUCAAAUACAUGUACCGUGAUAGUCCCGUCAUUCGUCCCGAUAGUAUCCUUGACAUUGACGCUAUGUCUGUUGAUCCCGACACUAUCGUCAAUCGCGAUGCUAUCCUGAACGCGUACCGUCAUGGCAACCUCAAAGUGGUGUUCGGGGAGGUGAGCGUAUGGUUUGCAGGCAACUUGGUUGUUGGGCCCGUACAAAACAGCAAGCUUGACCAAGACCAUAUCAUCGACAAGGUUCCAGAAUGGAAGGAGAAGUACGGCCCUGGUCGUGUCUGGCAGGAGCGUGUGUGUUUCCCAUGA